AUGCAAGAUACCUCCGAUUCUAGCUCCACAUCCACAUCUACCAGCGACUCUCAAGAGUCCGGUGGCGAUAGGCCACAAGCCACAGGACAUUUCACACUGAACUUGGGAAGCUUUGCUCCGAUUCUUGAGCGCUAUAUUGAGUCCGCUUUACAGCCCUCAACAGAACCUCGUGCGCGUUGUCAAGAGGCAAGCUCACACGCGAAGCCAGGUAACAGCCGCCCACUAACAGUCCCGGCUCCACCCAACCCAGCGCCUCAAAGCGGUGGGACUGGGAGAGCGCGUAGUCGAUAUCUCAUCUCCGAUUUUGAGUACUUUCCGAACAGCUUCAGCCAGCGAAUGAGCACAUCAGGCUUGGGAAAGUGCCCGAGGGUGGAAAUUAAGAUUCCAUACUGGUGUGAGAAGGAAAUCAACGUAGAACGGCACUGCUACCCCAUGGGAUUAGCAAGAUACAUACAAAGAGGCCCGUCCACGUCGAAUUUUUCGAUGUGGGACGCAAUGGCCACAAGGGUACUGCUGUCGCCUGAGCCGAAUGAGGAGGUGGAGGACACCUCAGACGAGGCCUACAUAGCGAUGCACGAGCGCACGCAGGCGGAGCUUCAAGAAGGCGGGCGUGAGGCGCACGAGGAAGACGGCGCCUCGAAAUUCACAGCCGUCCGCGUCGACGAAUACGCCCCCUACCCCGACCUCUCCCACGACCUUGACCCUGACCUCUACAUGCCCACACGACUGGCGCGUUUUUCGAACAAACGAGUAGAAAUUCACGUCACAGAUGAGAUACCUGUAAUUGCGUUCGGCGUGAAGGUGCCUAGGCCUAGGUCUGAACACUUUCUACUACCCUUGCGUCCUCGGCUGAGCAGGAGGAAGGGGGCCAAAUUAAAGAAACGCAGACUAUAA